CAUGAUUGAGUGAAAGGACCAACACAGUUCGUAAUAGUACGUAGUACUCGUACCAUACGUUCGAUUGGACGUACUCGUAAAGAACAUCAUACCGACCGUGUCUUCACCCACCGGAUCCGUGAAGGUUGACAGAUGUCUUCUACGAGGAAGUACGUACGGUGCGUACUGGAACUGUCCGCUGGUCAGAAGUUCUCAAAGGAAAAUGCAAAAAACAAUUAGCAGCUGAGUUCGUAUCGUACCGAACGAGAUCAUCAGCACAGAUUUCUGGACCAAGCCCAACUGGAGUCAAUUUCUGAAGAUACAACGAGGCUGCUUACGAUACUGUUUUUCACUUAAGAAUGGUCCUCCUCCUCCAAGCCCUCGAAAAGAAAGAAAUACGCACGGAGAUUCUAAGCCAUCUGACACUGUCAGAGAUCCAGGAAUGCUUUCGGAGCGUGAGUCGAGAAGCCCAAUCAAUUUGCGAUGGGUACAAGUCAUUUGUGGUAGAAUGGCUGUCCGCGAAUCCCAAAACAGACAGCCGCGAGGUUCUCACUAUUGGUCUUCAAUCGGAAAUAGGCAAGCUGUUGAACGGAAAAAUUGGACGAACUGCCGGAACGAAACGAUCUUACAAGGCAGGUCGCAUUCCGAUCGAAUUGGAAGUUGCAAAUUGGAUUUCGGGAGAAAGCGACACACUGAGCUUCAAACUUUGCAACCUCCACGCCUUCUUUCGUCGUUCCGUCAAUCGCAAAGAACAUUCGGUGCCGCCUGCAUUGAAGAACUACACGUCAACAUCUAUGCCUUUGGAAUCACAUCUAAGAAUACUUGAUAACAUGCUAUUGGUCGCGCGAUGGUUCGCUUUUCUUGUCGAAGGAGUAGUUACGAGACCCGACUUUGAAGAUGAUAUACUAGCUCUCCAACGUCUACCGGUAGAUGACCCUGCCGUUAAAGAAUUGGAUUCUCGUAUAUUUGAUUAUUGGAGAGAAAAGCCAUUUCGAUGUUCAAGAUCUCCAGAAAAAUUUGGCACUGCAUUAGACUACAUUUUCAAGUACAUCAAGAUGAACGGAGAUAUUGACCAAAGGUCAAGAGAUGUGGCUACUUUAGAUAAGCUAUGGAAAGCUGAUGGUUACCGAGGGACGAACAUGAUUAGGAAUUGUUUCUAUUGUAUGAAAACUUGGAAAGAAGAGCAUGUUCGAGGUGGCUUUUGGGUUACAGAUACUUACAAAACAGGAUCUGUAAUGGUAUAUCUAUCAGAUAUCGAAAAUCCAGAAUCCUUCUCAACCGUAUAUCUCGUUAAAGGCGAUACACAGAGUAUUGGAGAAGUGUUGGGGUGCAGUGGCGGAGUUCCUCGGUUUUGCAAAACGACAAUUUUGCCUCUAUAUGAUUUUUGGGUUUUCAAUGGAGUUUAUGACGUUGGAAGAUACAUAGGACCAAAUUCCAAGAACGAUGAGUUCACAAAAAAGCUACAGGCUCAUGUGCAACAAGCGAUUUCGUCUCGCUCUGUCAGUUGGAGGGGUCCUUCUGCCGAGAAAGGAUUGUGGGAUUUUCAAAACAAUGUACCAGCUAUGCCCACAAUAAUUGUCGACGAGAACCCCUACGUCGUAGUAGAUUGGCACGACGGAAUAAACCAUGCUUAUCAUCAAGAAAAUAACGCAAGAUCUUCAUCGACGUUCAGCGUAAAAGAUAUGUCACUGGCACGCCAAAUUGCCAAAAUGGCGGUAGAGUUGGGCGAAACCAGAAAGAUAAACGAAAAUGAAGAGGUUGACCAUCGAUACGAAUUUUCAUUACUAGCAGUACGGCGAUUGGGUUAUUCUUAUUACGAGAACCCGAACGGUUUAGGGUCUAUGUUUGAUUGUCGUGUGGGUAAGGUAUUAUAUCCUUUUCGUUUUGAUGUGGAUCACUGGAAUAAAGCAAAAGUUCCAACGUAUGCUCUCAAUGACGUGCUCAAGGGAAUAUUAAUAUCGAUGAAGAAAGCAGCUCCACUUCCCUUAGUGUCUUCGAUCUUGGCAGAUGAUCGUGCUAUUCUUGAACCGCUGGAUCAAAUUCUAGUCAAGACCUUUGCAGAAGAAGGUAUAUAUGCUCCCAUUGUUGCAUAUGAAAAAAAAGGAAUUCGAGUCGAUACUCGUUGGACAAGAGUAUAAUUUUCAAAAACUCAAUUGUUCGAAAGUUCCUCACGAUGUCAUGGUGACAAGGACGAAAAGGCGUUCAAAUUGUUUUUGUUGAGUUUUGUAAAUAGUAAGAGUCUUAUUGAUGUCGCCUCAUCUCUGUUUUAAUGAGAAUUCAGCUCCAACGGCGUCAGUCUGAAUGGUUCUUUAUUUUCGUGACCCUUCUUUUCUCCGAGAAGUAAUUGUGGUGAACCUGUACUAAUUGUCAUCCCAAACAGUGAUUGAAUUAUCAAUAAAAUGAUGACUUAAAUGCUAUGUGCAGAUGCAUGUGGGGCAACUAACUAACCGCACUUGUCUGUGAAAGGCACCAACAAUAAUUUAAUGCUUCGAUUUACCAGCAGUUUAUUGAAACUUGAUGUUCAAAAAUUUAAUAACUAGUAUUCAUUAGA